AUCUACUGUAGAUUUUAGUUUGAGAGAGUUCUGUUCAGCAAAAUGUUGGCACAAUUUAGUGUCUUUUUUGUUAUGUUGGCUAUGUGUGGUGUUUACAAAUGGAGACGAUGGGUGUAACGCGUGAAACUAAAGUGACAGUGCUUUACUUGUUUUCUAAUGUUGUUUGUUCUAUUGUUAUUGUUCUUUUAAAUAAAUGGGUGUAUGUGCACGUUGGUUUUCCAAAUGUUACUCUUAGCAUGUUACAUUUCGCCGUCACAUUUGUUGGAUUAUAUUUUUGUCAGAGAUGGAACAUGUUUCAAGUGAAAUCUGUAGGCUUAAAAGAUAUGUUACCGUUGUCGUUGACGUUUUGUGGAUUUGUUGUUUUCACAAACCUUAGUCUGCAACAUAAUACAGUGGGAACUUUUCAAUUAGCAAAAUUCAUGACGACACCCUGUAUUAUAUUGAUACAAAUGUUUGUUUAUAAUAAACAAUUUUCACUUUUAGUGAAAUUAACUCUGAUUCCUAUAGUUCUGGGAGUGUUCUUAAACUUUUGUUAUGACCUUCAGUUUAGUGUCAUAGGAACAUUGUAUGCUGCUCUGGGUGUCUUAGUUACAUCAUUUUAUCAAGUGUUGGUGAGCACAAAGCAGCAUGAAUUGCAAAUGGAUUCAAUGCAACUUCUUUACUACCAGGCUCCUCUUUCUGCCUUCAUCCUCUUACUAGUGGUUCCAGUUCUUGAACCAGUGCAAGCGACUCUCAUUCAUGAUUGGACUGUAACAGAUUUGUUGAUGGUGUCAGCUUCAUGCGUCAUAGCAUUUUUUGUAAAUAUUUCAAUAUACUGGAUUAUUGGAAAUACAUCACCUUUAACAUACAAUAUGGUUGGCCAUUUAAAAUUUUGCAUGACUGUGCUGGGUGGUGUGUUAAUAUUUGAGGAUACUUUGCAUAUUAAUCAAGGAAUUGGAGUUCUGCUGACUGUGAUGGGCAUCACUGCAUAUGCUCAUGUCAAGUUAAAAGAACAUAAGCCUCCAGUGAGAACCCUAGAAAAUGAAUGUGAAAUUCUUAUUCGCAAGAUGUGACAAUAUUUAUUGAAAAAAUUGCCGUUUCUAAGAUUGUAUGAUCGAUAUCAAUGCAGCUGAAUUUAGUAAUUUAAGAAAGGAACAUUGUGUUGGUGCCAGAACCAGUACACAGGUGGAGAUUCCCUGUCAUGGAGGGAGUCUUCACUGUUUUGUGAUGACUAGUCUAUAUUUAUAUUAUUAUGUAAUGGAAUUUUUGAAAUAGUUUAUCAAAAGCAAUUGUGAUUAAUAUUUGCUUUAAGGACAAUUGUAGAGCAUAAAUGAAUUCUGGGCUAAGUGCCAAAAUAUGAAAAUUUUCAUUUUGUGCUGAAAAGUGUGGUAAGUGUCAAACAAUAUACAGUGUAAAAUGGGCUGUCUAAAAUUCUCAUUCUUGGUGGUUUAAAUUGUCACCACUAGACUGGGGCAUCAGUCAAGUCCCGCGAGCUUUAGAAAUAGUUUUUCUUAAUUUUCUCAGAAUUUAAUUGGGCACUUUUCACAGUUUUCACGUACUGCCUACAAUUACCUGUGGAUAAGAAUACAAUAUUAUUCUGGAAGUGAUUUCAAACUAUUGGAGGACUAAUGGUCACAAAAAUAUAAACGUUUUCUCAUUUAAUGAAAAAUUCACAGUGAUGUUUAUGGAGAGUUUUGAACCCUUUUAUUCUUUGCUUCUUGCCAACAUAUAGAUACACAUUAUCUUAUCCAUUACUGCACAUCGAGAUAGAAUAAUAGUUGAAAUAAAGAACUCAAUUACAAUCCUAUAAUAUUCCUGUGAAUUCUGGAAAAUACACCUAAAGUUUUUAAUUAAGAAAAAGAAAAUCAUUUAUUAUUUAAUAAUAAUAAUAAAAUGCAAUAAUUGGCAAUCCUUUUUUCUUCAAUAUUUUUGAACAUUUGUUUAUAUUUUUAGGAUUAUUUUAAUUAUCAUAUAUUCAGAAUGAUGUAAACAUCUUGAUGAAAAAGUGAUGAAUUAUCUUCAUGAUAAUUAAGACAUGUUAUUUAUAAUUCAAAUAUAUGAAUUAAUGACAGUGUAUUUAUAGAUAAUGUAUUCUUAAUAAUUCUGAUAGUGUGUUGAGCUUUUAAAACUUCAUUUUGAAGGAAAUAAAUAUAUAUAUAUAUAUUGCAAGUUGUAAUUUACGUGAAUAUUCCAAGACAUAAUGUGAACUACUUAACCAUAACGUCAGCCAUGCAUGAUUAAGAGAUAAAUGUUUGCCAUGCUUUACUUAAAGGAAAAACUUUGUAUGUAAUUUGACUUCUGAUGCUUCUGUUAGAUUCAUUUGUUGAAAAAAUAAAGAUAUUGAUACUUUUUAAUUAUGACAUGAUCUUAUAUUUUAUUUGUCCAUUAUUUCAAAAAUCUCAAUAUAUACACAACAACAUCUGUAAUUUGAUUGUUAUUUUAUCAUUGCGUAAAGAUGUUAUCUACAAACGAGUAAUAAGUUUUGUUGAAUUGAA